AUGCGGAGACCAGAAGUCCCAGGGCGGGAAGCUGUGCUUGAGUCUGGCGCCUUAGACCACUCGGCCAUCCUGACACCACACGGUAAUUCGCUUCAAUUUCCCUCUUCAGCUUCGGCUCUCCCCGGGACUCGCGGCCGAGGCGGGAACCCCGAACUCCGACGCAGAAACGCAAAGACCGAUGAGCGCGCGGUCGGCGCGGACCCGAGCCUCUCCUGCAGACCUGGAGACCAGGGAGCGGGCGCCCCUCCCCGCAGCCGGGCCUCGGGCCUCGGGCCUCCGGCUUCGGGCCUCGCAGCGACCCCUCCUGGGACCUGGCCUGGGACCGACCUGCCUGCAGGCCACCGCGAUCUUCGUGAUCGGACCCGCAUCCUGCAGGCCCGGCUCGGCGAACCAGUGCCUGGACGCAGGGGGUCGUUGAGAGACCCGUUCAGGGCAUUUCGAGGCGUUCCUCCGGUCCCCGACAAUGAGGCCACCGGCCGCAGCCACGCGUCACCUUUCACUUCCCCAAACGGGUCGGGAGCCUCCUGCCCCGCGGGGUCGCUCGGGCGCCGCGGGAUAAUCCGGUCCCCCCUUUCUCUAGAGCCCCCAGGGGCCUUUCAGCUACAUCACCCGCGGGGGCGGGGGCCCGACAGCAGCUACUCUGAAACGGAAGGUUUGCUUUUUAUGCAUCUUCCUCCUACAGACCACAGAACCUGGCUGCACGUCUACCCCAGGAGAAGGAGGUCCUUCUGGUUCCCUUCCAUCUUUGUUUCGUUUUUGUUUUGCUUGUUUUUAAGACGAGUUCCCAGGCUUCCUUAAGGUCACCAGGUUGGCAGAGCAAGGCAUGACCUUCUCAGGAAAAUCGCUGCCGCCUUCUCUCUAGGAAGAAGGGUCACCGGUGGCUCUGAGAUGUUGGGGGAGGGGAAGGACGGAGUAACGGAGGGUGCUGCCCUCGCGCGAGGAACGAAAUGGGGCUGCGCGCACGGGGAGAGUGGGAGGAGUCUCCAUCGGGAAGAAGAGAAACUUAGGACUAAGAGGGGAAAAUGUUUGAGGAGAAUGGCAAGAACAAAAAUGAGCCUUGUCAGAAGUGGGAUUCGAACCCACGCCUCCAUGCGGAGACCAGAAGUCCCAGAGCGGGAAGCAGAUGCUUGAGUCUGGCGCCUUAGACCACUCGGCCAUCCUGACACGACACGCUGGUGCUGUGCGAAGUAACAACUGUCAGUGACCAAAGACCUUCCAUCCAGGAAGGGAGCGCAGAGCUAUUUCCAGCAGGUGCAGGAGCGAUCGAGCAUUCGGCACGACCUGCAAAACCCGAAGCUGGGACAGGACGAGUUCUGCGGGGAAGCGGCGAGUUGGCAACGGGAUGAACGCAGCUCUGAAGUCCAGGCGCCCACGCCUCUCUGGAGGUCUUUCUCCCGCUGCUCCCCCGAAUCCUACUGGCCAUGACUUGCAGGACCGGCCUUAGGCGUAGGGCGCUGGGAAUGCAGAUUUGAUCUGCGCCGCGUGGCGACCGCCGUCUAGGGGGCUCUCCCUGAGGUUCACAGACUCUCCCGCAUCUGGGAGGUCACUGGGUGUGACACCAUCCUCGGGAAGUCAUGACCCCAUGGCUUCUGUCUUAGGAGGUUAACACAAAUUCUGCAGGUUCUGUAGCAGACAAAAUGAAAAAGAGUGGAAUAGUGGUCUGAAGAUUUCAGAGGGAAAAUUGAGAAGGAAAGAACGGCCCAGAAAGGAAUCAACUAGAAUUUCCCAAGGCUGGAGCUCAUGCAAUAAACAUCACACCUCUGUUUUCGGAAUAUUAGUGGCCAGGCUCAUCUCAAGAAACUGGGGUUCUCUCUGCCCUUGGAGAACAAUGAUUUCUGGUUCCUUAAGAAGUAUGGAGUAUUGAUAACCUGUCUUUGUAAAAAUCCAUUUAAAAAAUUUACCUCUGCGGUAGCAAGCACCUUCUAUGUUCAAGACUUUUUUUCUUUUUAAACUUUAGAGCAAUCCGAAUCAUACAAAAGAAUAUGAUACAUAACCAUGAAGCUGAAAGGAGAGAAGUCUGGUUUUGAGUAAGUAAGCAGCAGGUGGCCAUGGGCUCAGGUGUGAGCAAAGAUUCCAGCAAGUGGGCCUACCGUGUCUCAUGAGUGAGCAAAGAUCUGCAGUGAGAGAAGCCGCACGCCUUUUCAGCUGCUUGGUCCUUCCUGCCUUUUACUAGGUUGUAGCUCAAGAUAAAACGUGGAGCUAAAAAAAUAGAGCCAGUGUACCUGAGUGGACUCCCGUGCGUGGGUGGUGAGGGGCGGCGCAUUAUAGGGUUGACUGCAGUGGAAGGCGGGACC